UUGUGGGUUCUCCGAAUGCGGAGUUGACAUGGCGUCAGAUGAUGAGCUCAGCCUCCUGGUUAUUGUGUUGGAUGUUAAUCCCAUAUGGUGGGGUCAGCAAGCACAGAGGGAACCAGAGUUCACCUUGUCCAAAUGUGUGGAUGCUGUAAUGGUACUGGGGAAUUCUCACCUGGUCAUGAAUAGGACUAACAAGUUGGCCAUUAUUGCUAGCCACUGCCAGGAGAGCCAUUUUCUGUACCCCAAUAAACACUGGAAUUCUGGGGACGCCUCUAGUGAUGAUUCAACAUCACCCAGCGGCGAUGGCAAGUACGAGCUACUGUCAGUCGCUAAUGACCUCAUUGCUGAAGAGAUCAGGAGUCUCAUGGCUAGAACUGAGGUGAGGGGACAUCAGACAGACACCCUACUAGCCGGAUCCCUUGCCAAAGCACUCUGCUAUAUUCAUCGAGUGACAAAAGAACUUGAAGCUGGGCAAGAAAUGAAAUCAAGGAUAUUGGUUAUAAAAGCUGCAGAAGACUGUGCUUUGCAGUACAUGAAUUUCAUGAACGUGAUCUUUGCUGCUCAAAAACACAAUGUCCUGAUUGAUGCUUGUGUAUUGGACUCUGACUCCGGUCUUCUGCAGCAGGCUUGUGAUAUAACAGGGGGUUUGUAUCUAAGGAUACCACAGAAGAUUGCUUUGGUGCAGUAUCUGCUGUGGGUGUUCCUCCCAGACGCUGACCAGCGAUCCCAGUUGGUCUUGCCACCUCCAGUACAUGUGGACUACAGGGCAGCCUGUUUCUGCCACCGAAAUCUCAUCGAGAUUGGCUACGUUUGUUCAGUCUGUUUGUCAAUAUUCUGUAACUUCAGCCCUAUCUGCACUACAUGCGAGACUGCCUUCAAAAUUCCAUUGCCCCAGCUGACAAAGUCUAAAAAGAAGAAGCUUAAACCAGCAACAUGAACUCCUCAAUUCACAUUGCAAGAGUCAGAUGGAAAUAUCUUAACCUGCAAACUGUGUAAAGAGGGAGGUUUUUUUUUUUUUUUUUUUUUUUUUUUUUACAAUCAACCGUUUGUUUCUGGACCAAGUCCUGUCUUUGCAGCAGAAGACGUAUUGCAUUAAAUAAUACAGUGUUCUCAUAUUUUUGUAUCGUACAAUUGAUAUGAAAGGUUUGUGAGGCCAAUAAUUUAUAUUUCAAUAUCCACGAUGUUGUGGAUUAAGUAGAUCUGUUAAAAUCUACAAGUUGCAUGUUAACUGUUUUGAUACUUUUUUUUAAAGC